AUGACAUCAAACUAUUUACUCUAUUGUACCUCAUGUGUCCACUGGCACUUUACUGGCACCUCACUGGCACCUCACUGGCACCUCACUGGCACCUCACUGGCACCUCACUGGCACCUCACUGGCACCUCACUGGCACCUCACUGGCACCUCACUGGCACUUCACUGGCACCUCACUGGCACUUCACUGGCACCUCACUGGCACUUCACUGGCACCUCACUGGCACCUCACUGGCACUUCACUGGCACCUCACUGGCACCUCACUGGCACUUCACUGGCACCUCACUGGCACUUCACUGGCACCUCACUGGCACCUCACUGGCACCUCACUGGCACCUCACUGGCACCUCACUGGCACCUCACUGGCACUCACUGGCACCUCACUGGCACCUCAUGCACACUGGCACCUCACUGGCACUCACUGGCACCUCACUGGCACCUCACUGGCACCUCACUGGCACCUCACUGGCACCUCACUGGCACUCACUGGCACCUCACUGGUACCUCACUGGCACUUCACUGGCACCUCACUGGCACCUCACUGGCACUUUACUGGCACUUUACUGCAACUUUACAGUCACUUUACUGUCUCUUUACCAUAA